AUGCUUGCUCAAAAUCAAAAGGGAACAAAGGUUAGGACCAAAGAACUUGGUGGACAUCGAAAGUCGAAGCAGUGCGAACGUCUUUCACUUUCGCCUGGUGACCCGGAGUUGAUUCUCCCAAAUGAGGGAACCUCCAUAUUACUGAAUAUACUUCGCACAAUCGUCACCAGAGUUUUGUUCAUCGUUCAUUCUAUAGCAACCAUUUGGCGCACUGUAAAAUUAACAGAAAAGAAUUCUAUAUGGGGAUUUGCAUUGGUUGCAAUCGGUAUCAUCUUUGAAGGUGCAUAUAGCAUAGUUAUGAGAGCCGGUGAUGAACGAAGAUGGUUUUGCACAUCUGUAUUCCUGUACAUUUUGGCAACAGCUCCACCAAUUUGGUUGCUGGAAAGAAAACUUUGUGAAAUGCGUACGGAUAACGAUGGAAUUAUUGGUGACGAAGAGCUUCGUCUACAAAUGUUGGAACAAUUACUGUUGGUUAAUCUGAUUAUUGGACGUUGGAUUCUGCCAAAGGGUGAUAUCUCCAGAGAACAACUUUCACAAAUACUUUUGGCCUAUCUCGCGAUAUCCAGUGAUAUUGUCGAAUUCUUCAAUGUCUUUAAAGAACGAGUUGUCUGGAGUGAUACUUUUGUACAGAAUGUCGUUCUCGGCGCAUGGACUCUAAGUCUUCUACAGUUCCCAUUUGUAUUGACUGUUAGCAGGGCAAGGAAAAUGCGAGUUGCUAUAACAAAAACAUAUGACGAUAUAGUAGUCAUUCAAAACAGAGGUCCAAAUCCAUGUAACUAUUGGCCUACAGGUGAUCUACGAUGUCGAUAUGUGGGCCAUAAUAUUGGCUAA